AUGGGGUUACUCUCACUCAAAUAUCGCCGUCCCCAACAUGUCGACAGGGAAGAUUUCAGAAGGAGGACCAGCGACCUCUCGCUCGAUGAGAAAAGAGAUGCUUCACUCAGUUCAGGCCCAUCCGGUGCAUCAUCUGGCAUUCCAGACGCGCUCACCUUUGAAAAGAUCAUGAACGGCGGUACUUGCCCGCCAUGCACCAUACGUGAUUUCAUGAACUACCUCGUCUAUAUCGAGCAUUCAGCUGAGAACCUGCAAUUCUUUCUCUGGUACCGCGACUAUGUCAAGCGCUUCAAUGAUGCCACCACCUCAGACAUUGCUCUGGCUCCGGAGUGGACGAAGGCAAUGGAAGAAGACGCCAUCACCAAGAUCCAGAAAGAUGCUGCGGGCAAGAUUAAGAAGGACAACACGCCUGCGGCGGCCAUCUUCAAAGGAACCUGCUUUGAGAAGCCGGCCGAGUCAGUGAUCGAAAACAAGGAUCCCUUCUGGACCCCUCCUGCAACUGCGGACAGCGGAGAUGCCCUCUCGAUACUGUCGGGAACACGCACAAUAUCCACAUAUCAAACGCAUACUCGUGACGCCUUCAGCGCUGCCGGUGCGAAGCAGCCCUUCACGAUUCAACCCUUCCGAGCCGAGAUCAACCGCGUGAUAGCGACGUACAUCGUUGACGACGCUCCACGGCAGCUCAACCUCUCUGCGCGGGAGAUGAAGGCCGUCGUGCAGGCCCUCUCCUACACCACCCAUCCCUCCGCCUUCCGAUCCCUGGCCCGCAACAUCGAGAACACGCUCCGAAAACAAGCCCACCCCAACUUCAUCCGCUGGACCAUCUGCAACGGCAACCCGGCCCGUGUCACCUUCGCGUGCGGCCUCGGCGUCGGCACCAUCCUCGUCUCCACCCUCGGCGCCAUCCUCCUGGCGCUGAGCGGCGCGAAGCGGGGCUGGCGCGCGCUCCUCGCCAUCGGCUGGGUGAUCGGCAUCGCGACGCUGAUCACAGCAUGCAAGGGCAUGUGCGUGGUGCUGCACGGGAUGCACCACCGACACGUGCGUCCAUGGGAGCUAUUCGACGACAACAGCGACCACGCCAGCCAGGAGGAGCUGCGCGAGUCCAAGCGCAGCUUCGAGUCGUUCGGGUCGGGCAACAGCUACGAGGACGAGCCGUGGGUGGUGAAGUACGACCGCCGCAACGUCGUGUGCAAGGUCUUCGACCGCCAGGUCUGGAUCCAGGAGCCCGCGCUACGCCAGAUCCAGGACACCAUCUUUGUCCAGUCGAUGCUGUCGGCGCUGCUGGGCGCGGCGAUCUUGACGGCCGUCUUCGUUGCUGUCCCUGCUGGUGACUACUAUUGA